AUGUCGAUACAUUCUGUUCGAUCACGCCAGCAACCCUCCUCUCGCAAGAGGUGGCUGCAAGCACACCUUGGCAUGAGAACACGUCGCCUUCCGAUGGUCCGGGAUGUGAGCUUCAAUGUGAUGGCCCUGACAAAGGUUAUAUCGGAGCCCAACGUGACCGUUGAACAAGCGGAUGAAUCCAUAUUGUGGAAUAGCUUAUCCGACCAGUUCGAUACGUCCCCGCAACGGGACCAACCAUUUGACGAAGUGCCACAAGUUGUCUUGCCACAUUAUCUUCGCCCGGUCCCGAAACAUAUUUCCAACGAAGACCUUGCCUACCUUCAGAAGAAGGGCGCCUUCGAUAUCCCCGCCACAAUUCAACGUAACGAGCUGCUUCGGUGUUACAUCCAAUAUGUGCACCCUCUGCUACCCAUCAUCGACCUCCGCGACUUCCUACGCUCCAUUGACAGAAAUGACCCAAACGACACGAUCAGCUUGAUGUUGCUUCAAGCCGUUAUGUUUGCAGGCACCACAUUCAUCGACAUGAAUUACGUUACCGGCUACGAAGACCGCCGUGCUUACCAAAAAGCAUAUUUCCAGAAGGUCAAAAUGCUUUACGACCUCGACUACGAGGAGGAUCGAGUCACGAUUGUACAAUGCGUUCUACUAAUGACUUACUGGUAUGAGAGCCCCAAUCAUCCCAAAGACAUCUGGCACUGGGUUGGGAUCGCAGUGGCCGAUGCCAGAUCCGUCGGUCUCAACUGUGUCCCCCAAGAGAAUUCCGGCACCCUCCAGGAGAAGCGACUUUGGAAGCGAAUAUGGUGGGGCUGCUAUAUGCGUGACCGGCUGGUUGCAUCUGGGAUGCGGAGGACGAUGAGGAUCAAAGAAGAAGAAUGCUGCGUGCAGGGGUUGGACAUCGAGGACUUUGAAGCAUGCACCUCCCUAUCUGAUUUCGAACACAUGAUUGGGUCUGCGUGCGCUGUUGGGAGCGGAACAACGCAUACAAAUCUGGUCCGGCUCUGUGUUGCUCUGGUCGACCUAUGCAAAAUCAUUGCAGACAUUUUGACAUUGCAAUACGCAACGCCAUCGCAGAAGAUCGGUGGCACUCACGAAGCCACUAUGAAACUGCUCCCCAAGUCGCCAUCCACUGCGACCGAAGUAGGCAGACGCGAUCGAGACCUUGAAACGUGGUACGAAGGGUUGCCCGUGGAGAUACGGUAUUCGUUUCCAGAAACGCAGGACGACAGAAAGCCCAUCAGCGACCGCCUCGUCUAUCUGCACAGUGCUGUGGUGGCUAGUGUCUACACUGCUAUCACCAGCACCCUGCAUCGACCCCAAUGCAUGAUUGCAUCGACGAAGCACAUGACAGAAAGUCAGAAGACGUCCAAGAUGAAGGUUUAUGAUGCUGCAAGUAAGGUGGCAUCGCUGUUCCGAGAUAUCGUGGCGCGCAACAUGACCGAGAGUGUGCCCAACACAAGCGUGGCGGUCCUGCUACCGGCAUGCGUCGUUCUUCACGCGGAUGCCCGGUCGACCACCUCGUCAACGUGUCAAGAGUCUCGGGAACGACUCCAGGACUGCGUCAAGGUUCUGCAGCGUUUACGCGACACCUUCAAUUCGGCUGAUUUUGCCCUUUUGGUGCUCUCUCAGGCAGUCCAAAAAUUGAAUCUUGCUCCACAAGUUCCUACCACUCAGCUUGCAACACCUCCAGCUUCAAACACUAGCCAACACAGGCUUCAUCCGACAUCGCCGCAGGAUCAUGGUCGCACAAACUCUCUCGAGUCGCCACAAGAGAAGGUGCCCAUGCCUGGCCUCGGACCAGCUCAUCCUCAAACGGGUUCGGUCACAGUGGAGAUGAGUACGGACAACAGUCACUUGAUGGAGCUAGAUGAACUAGCCGAAGAAGACGGUCAUACUGAGACCCAGCUGGACGAAAUGUGCACACAUCAGCAGAUGGACCGUGUCGGCGAUAUAUGGUGGGAUGAUCUCAUGAAUUAUUGA